AUAAAAAGAAGGCAACGCCGAAAGUUGAAGGCAGAGCAAGAGCAAUCGCCACAAACACAUCAACAAUGGCGAAGAUCGCGUUGGGAGACCACCGGGAGGCGGCGGAGCCCGGUUGCAUCCGGGCUGUCCUUGCCGAAUUCAUCCUCACCUUCCUCUUCGUCUUCUCCGGCGUUGGCACCGCCAUGGCCGCUGAGAAGAUGAUGGGCGGGGACUCGAUCAUGGGGCUGACGGCGGUAGCAGUAGCGCACGCACUGGUGGUGGCCGUGAUGAUCUCAGCCGGGCUGCACAUCUCCGGCGGCCACCUGAACCCGGCGGUGACGCUGGGGCUGGCCGUGGGCGGAAACAUCAGCGUCGUGCGUUCGGUGCUCUACGUGAUCGCGCAGCUGCUUGCCUCCGCCGCUGCAUGCUUCCUCCUCAAGUACCUCACCGGCGGAUUGGACACUCCAGUGCACACUGUAGCAGUCGGGAUGGGCUCUCUACAGGGAGUGAUCAUGGAGAUCGUCCUCACUUUCUCUCUUCUCUUCUCGGUCUACGCCACCAUUGUGGAUCCUAAGAAGCUCAUCCCUCCAGGACUUGGACCCUUGUUGGUGGGUCUUGUGGUUGGGGCCAACAUCCUCGCCGGUGGCCCAUUCUCCGGUGCAUCAAUGAACCCCGCUAGAUCGUUCGGACCAGCCUUAGCCACCUGGAACUGGACCGACCAUUGGGUCUAUUGGGUCGGACCGCUCGUUGGAGGUGGCCUUGCGGGGCUGAUCUACGAUCAAGUGUUCCUGGUGAGGCCAACACAUGUGGCCCUCCCAAGAGAGGACGUGGACUUCUGAGGAGUUAAUUAACUAUGGUUGUAGCUUCUUUGUUUGUCUAAUAAUAAUGCCAUGAAUGUUUAGGCUUAAGCUAGUAAUUUAAACAAACAGGUUGAUGCCUGGCCUUAAUGAAAGCAAGUUGAUGUUUGGAA